CGCGGGCGCUGGGGACAGGUCAGCCAGGCCUUCGCCAGCCUCCUCGAUCUCACACCGACCAUUUUGGACUGGUUCUCCAUCCCCUACCCGACUUACAGCAUCUUUGGCAGAAAGAAAGUGCAGCUCACUGGAAAAUCGCUCCUGCCAGCGCUGGAGCUGGAGCAGCCCUGGGCCACAGCCUUCAGCAGCCAGAGCCACCACGAGGUCACCAUGUACUACCCCAUGCGGGCCAUCCAGCACCAGCAGUUCCGCCUCAUCCACAACCUCAACUACAAGAUGCCCUUCCCCAUCGACCAGGACUUCUACGUCUCGCCCACUUUCCAAGACCUGCUCAACCGGACCAGGGCCGGGCAGCCAACCCACUGGAACAAGACCCUGCACGAGUACUACUACAGGCAGCGCUGGGAGCUGUUCGACGGCAGCCGCGACCCCGGCGAGACGCAGAACCUGGCCGCGGAGCCCCGCUACGCCGCCGUCUUCGAGCAGCUCCGCGCGCAGCUCUUGAAGUGGCAGUGGGACACGGGGGACCCGUGGGUGUGCGCCCCGGACGCUGUCCUGGAGGAGAAACUGAGCCCCCAGUGCCAGCCGCUGCACAACGAGCUGUGACCGUGCCUUCGCCUCGCUGUCCCCGUGCUGCAGGGCGAUGC